CCCAGGCAAAACGAAGUCAACAUCGCAAAUAACUUUACAAUGUCGUCCACUCCGCAGGUUAAAAUCGGCCAUUAUAUCUUAGGGGAAACCCUGGGUAUGGGCACAUUCGGAAAAGUGAAAAUGGGUGAACAUCUCCUAACACAGCACAAAGUAGCCGUGAAAAUCCUGAAUCGACAGAAGAUUAAGAGUUUAGACGUCGUGAGCAAAAUCAGACGAGAAAUCCAGAAUCUGAAACUCUUCAGGCAUCCGCACAUCAUCAAACUAUAUCAAGUGAUCAGUACUCCCACAGACAUAUUCAUGGUCAUGGAAUAUGUAGCGGGAGGAGAACUGUUUGAUUAUAUCGUCAAAAACGGAAAGCUAAAAGAUUUUGAAGCCCGCAAGUUCUUCCAGCAGAUUAUCUCAGGGGUAGAUUAUUGCCAUCGACAUAUGAUCGUCCACCGAGACCUAAAGCCAGAAAACCUGCUGCUUGAUAACAAUAUGCAUGUGAAGAUCGCAGACUUUGGUCUGUCUAACAUGAUGACAGAUGGAGAGUUUCUAAGGACAAGUUGUGGCUCACCAAACUACGCAGCCCCAGAAGUCAUCUCUGGAAAGUUGUAUGCUGGUCCCGAGGUUGACAUCUGGAGUUGUGGGGUCAUUCUUUACGCUCUACUAUGUGGAACUCUUCCAUUUGAUGACGAACAUGUUCCGACACUCUUCCGCAAAAUCAAAGGUGGUGUGUUUGUCAUACCAGAUCAUAUCAGUAAAUCAUCAGUGAAACAACUCAUAACACAUUUGCUACAAGUUGAUCCGCUUAAACGAGCCGACAUCAAAAACAUACGAGAGCAUGAAUGGUUUAAGGUAGAGCUUCCAGAGUAUCUGUUCCCCAGGCAUAAUUUUGACGAUUCUAUCAUCGAUAAUGAAGCUGUCAGGGAAGUAUGUGAGAAAUUCAAUGUGAAGGAGCAGGAGGUACACAAUGCGCUGUUAGCCGGUGACCCUCAUGAUCAGCUACGCAUAGCAUACUAUCUUAUCAUUGAUAACAAACGCAUUAUGGAUGAGACUUCCAAGACACAACUGAAAGACUUUUACCUUGCAUCAAGUCCACCGCCCAGAGAGUCAUACCUUGAAGUUGGGAGAAUGAAACCAACAACGUUACUUUUACAGGAAGGUUCUGGUGCCCCUGCAGUCAAACCUCAUCCGGAAAAAAUGCCUGCGUUGUCAAUUAAUAUUGCUGAGCACCUUGACAUGAAGACGUCGGAGUUAUCGCGGAGGAACACGCCGCUGAAACGAUCAAAGUGGCAUCUAGGUAUUCGAUCACAAAGCAGACCUCUAGACAUCAUGGGGGAAGUCUACCGUGCCAUGAAGACACUCACUUAUAAUUGGAAAGUUGUCAACCCUUAUCAUGUUUACGUCCAGAGGCGUAACUCGGUAACCGGCGGCAUCUUCAAGAUGAGUUUGCAGCUUUAUCAAGUAGACAGCAAAAGCUACCUCUUAGACUUCAAGAGUCUUAGCAAUACGAGGAAUAGCUUCGGCCAGUACUCAUCAUCUUCAAUAGACGAAAAAAUGGAUGCCGCUGACUCCAAAUCUUCCUCAACCUUGACCCCACGCCUGCCAUCGACCCCCGAGACUCCACAAUCGCCCACGCCCCCGACAUCUCCAACCUGCAUGAAUCACGACACUAUGGAAUUCUUUGAGAUCUGUGCCAGCCUCAUUGCAACGUUAGCGCGGUAGAUCCGUCAUAGCGCCACCUAGGGGCGGGAAAAUUGCCGCACAUCAUGUGCGCAAACAGGGCAUUACAGAAGGUCAGUGUAAGGUUGCUUUUUCCACGAAUAGGCAACGACGUCAGCAUUUAGAGUGAAGAAUGUACAGUGACUUGAGAGCAUAGAAACAGAACUCGGAGACCAAUGAGCUCGACUGCCCAAUUUGUUGUCUCUGUAUGCGUUUAAGCGCACCACAUGACGUGUGUAAAUGGCAAAAUAAUCAUCACGUGAGCGCACAUAGACCUUUUUUUAUGUGAAUUCAUUGGUCAAUGUUCAUGACGUCUACUGUAUAGCAAAACAGAAUGGCGUACGCACAUCGAUAAAAGUGGUCUCACAACGAAAUCGCUCGCACAAUGUCGAUCACUCGGCGGUCCUCCGAGUUCUAUGCUUGAGAGUUGCCUUUGAACCUUUCUAUUCGGGAUUGUGUACCACACAGAUCUUGAAAUGAAACUGUGUUUUUUUUUGUAAUUGGAUUUUUGUCUAGUUGGGUUGGUGUACAGCCAUGGUGCAUUGAGUAGGGGACUUAUUGGGUAUUAAAAGUCUCGUCGGUUAGUGGGGAAACAAAAAUAGGGUUAACCUGACGUUUAAUCAUGUUGAAUAAGUCUUGAAAUACUUUAAGAUCUCAGGUUUCUGUGUGAUGUUUUCUGAAACAUUUCUGACUUUGAAAUGGUUUACACUGCAUGAAAUGCAGACGAGAUGAAACUAAGAAUUGAUCGUUAUUUCGGAGAACUUGAAGAACCGGAUGUCCAUCCUAAAAAGUGCUCGCUUACAGCUUGCAUACAAAAUCAAUUAUAGAUAUAUAGAUAUAUAUAUAUAUUAACUCUGUUUGUUUGACUUCUGAAAUGAACAGCCAAAUAUAAGUGCUUUGAUUAUGAUGCUUAUUUUGUUAACAAUCCUGCAGUAACUGAAAAAAACAACUCUGUAUAUAUGUAAUAAAAACUAGUAUGUUUCAAUUUUUGUUUGUUUUUUUUAGGUGUAGAUAUUUUUUGAAGAAAAAUAGCCGCUUAAAGGCUUUAAAAGAUCCUUGUAUAAACAUCUAGGCAAAUUGAUCACCCCUUUAAAAAGGCAAAUGUUAAAAUGUACAAGAAAAAUAUUUUUGCCCAAACUACUUUUUUUGUGGGCGUGGCUGAUUUAAGUUGAAAACCAAAUUGGCAAAGGAAGAGAGUCGCUAAAGCAUAAAGUGUAUCGGUCGAGUAUUUUGCAGCUUUUGACUAAAUGAUCAUUGAGCUAAGCAAUGGGAACUCUCUGCCCGUACACACAGGUGUGCGUGUAAUAUUUACAAAUAAAGUUUGUGACAUUUUAAACAUUAAUGAUAAACAAUAAGGGUUUUUAAAACUGAUUAUGGGUGAGGUUUUUGUGUAGGUCCACAGCAUUUAUGCUUGAGGAAUGUGAAUAAUGUUGGUAAGAUUGAAGAUAUAAAUGUCCAAAGAUUAACACAGUACCUUCCACGGUGUAAAGGCGGUCAGAGUGGGAAAUUUUCCCUGAAAUAUUUUUGCUUGAAAAGCUAUAGUUUUUAAGAAAAAGAGUCAAUCAAUAUAAUUUUGACCUUAUUGUACAAAACCCAAUGUUUAAAAACAGUGAAAGCAUAUAGCCUGUAAAUUUUUUUUUUUUGUGUUAUCAAGAAGUAAGCCAAAAGGGA